UGGACGACGAAGGAAACCAAAUUAUAAAAAAACUCUGACGAACAAAACUUUCUCCUCUUCUUCAUCUCGCUGCAUCUGAUCGAAAACCCUAAAUUUUUCUUUGUUCUUAGGUACCCCAAUUCGUUACAAUUUCCCUCGAUUUUUGAACUGUUUUUUUCGAGAUCUCCUUCUGUUUCCUCCCUACAACAAAUAUCCUCUCGAUCUUCGCGUCAGGAUCUGACUCCUGGUUUCGAGUUCCUUAAUAACACCGGCGAGUUUCAGCGAUUUCGGAAAUGGCUUGGAUCAAUGGAUUCAAAUGGGUAAUUAAAAAGGCAUUGAUUUGAAGAAAUCGGGGGCAUUUCUCCCCCUUUGCUAGAUUUCGAGUAUUUUUCCAAUGGCAUCAGCUCAGGUUAAGUCUAGUUCCCGGAGGCAGGAGGUCGCUGAAGCUGGACGGCGUAAGCUUGAGCAGUUCCGGAAGCAAAAAGCAGCAGAACGAGCCAAAAAGGCAUCAGAGAGUAGCAGCACACAGCAUGUUGAUAACAGCCAGCGAAAUGUCGCAGAUAUAGAUGGAGAUGUUGCAUCAUCUAUGUCUAAUGGACCUCGUGCUGAAACUCAUCAAGGUUCCUCAAAUGAAACCCAUACCAAAUCCUCGUUUUCUGGUGAUGUAUAUAAUUUAUCGUUUUCUAAUGAUGGAAGCAAAGAAAGAAGUCGGAAAGAUGAUGGUCAGGAAUCAGUGGGCACAGUCGGUUUUUCUAGUUGCUUAGAGUUGAGAGGUUCCUCAAAUGACUUAACAGUGAAUAAUAGGCCUGAAGUUGUACCUUAUAGCAAUAUAGAAGACAAGCAAUCAAGUGAUAGUUUCGAUCGUGCUUCUACUCUAAGAGAAAGUGAUGGUUUUCUUAAAGGCAUCUCUCCCUUCUCUGGAAGCACUCUGCUAUCGACCUCGAUGCAAAUGGACGGUUUCAUUCAUGGCAGUGGAUUAUUUUCAUCCACAAAAGACUCUCUACAACCUACGACCAGGAUGGCAGGGUCUAUUCACGAAGUUGCCAAAAACCAACAGGGAGGUGGUGAAAUAAGAGGAGGUAGCAUUGUGCAGAAGCCAACUCUGUCUAGCAGUUAUUUGUUUAGUUCUCCGGACAUAUCAUCUCGAGCUUCUGAAUCUUCAGAUUUCAGUGUAGAUAUCACAAGCCCUUCACCGUUUCAGUCAGCUAAAAAUGAAGUAACUGUGAAGAGAUCUCGUCCUUCCUUCCUUGAUUCCCUUAAUAUUUCAAGAGCUCCAGAGACUCAAUAUCAACACCCUGAGAUUGAGGCAGAUUUGGUUACGUCCAGUGGUUCCCGACUAACUAGCAGUGAUGGUUAUGGGACAUCUUCACUCCAAAAUUUAUCAGGGAGAAGAGACAGCAAUGGACCAUCGUUGACAAGCGGAGCAUCUGAUUCUAAUAAACCAUUUGAAAAUUACCGGAGUUCUAUGUUUCCUGCUGCCAAUGGAGUAAUGCCAAGCUUCACUGAUUUCUCCAUGCCAAAACAAAAUGAUGAUUUUACUGCUCUGGAACAGCAUAUUGAGGAUUUAACACAAGAAAAGUUUUCACUGCAAAGGGAUCUUGAUGCAUCACGUGCCCUGGCUGAAUCCUUAGCAUCUGAAAAUUCGUCGAUGACAGACGCUUAUAACCAGCAGAGAAGUAUUGUCAACCAACUAAAAGAUGACAUGGAGAAGCUAAAUCAACAGAUCCAAGCACAAAUGGGGGAACUUGAAUCUUUCAGGAUUGAGUAUGCAAAUGCGCAGCUAGAAUGUAAUGCUGCAGAUGAGCGUUCUCAAAUACUGGCUGCUGAAGUCAUCAGUUUGGAAGAUAAGGCACUCAGACUCAGAUCUAAUGAGUUAAAGCUAGAGAGAGAACUGGAAAAUGCACAAGCUGAAAUGUCAUCUUACAAGAAAAAACUACAGAGCCUAGACAAAGAUCGUCAAGACUUACAAUCUACUAUUAAAGCUCUUCAGGAAGAGAAGAAGAUCCUACAGACUAUGCUGCAGAAAGCUUCUUCUGGUGGGAAAUCCACUGAUCUUGGUAAAAACUCUAAUAGCAGUAAAAACGCAUCAACCUCUACAGAGGGUCUCGCAAUUUCAGAUACUGUGCCAGGGAGCUCCAACAGAGAAACAGAUUCUACUGCUCUGCUCGAAAGCGAUUCAUCUAAUACAGCCAUCAUUCCUGAAACUGGACAGUUAACUCUUGAAGGCUUUUCACUGAGCGUCCCAGAUGAUCAGAUGAGACUGAUUCAUAACAUCAGUACGCUGAUUGCUGAGGAGCUGAACAAAGAGUUGUCCAGAAAACUAGAAGUGCAGACGCAAAGGUUAGAGCUUCUAACAGCACAGAGUAUGGCUAUAGACAAUGUUUCACCUGAAAAGCAGCCGGAUUCUCAUGCUGUUCAAGAGAGACCACCCAUUGCAGAUGAGGGCGACGAGGUGGUAGAAAGGGUUCUAGGAUGGAUCAUGAAGAUGUUCCCAGGAGGGCCAUCAAAAAGAAGAACAAGCAAGCUUCUCUAAAGCCCAUGGCUUCUUAUUCCUUCUUUGCCAAUCUGUAAAUCCGAGCACGAGCCAUGGGAGCCUCUUAUGGCGUCUUCUCCUUUUGUUUUUGGAAGAACUGAUUUUGUUAUUUUGAUCCAAAAAUUUUUUGGGUUUCAUUGGAUUGAUCAAAUUAAAGAAGACAGCAGAAAUGGUAUAGUGAGGCAGACACACUUGAGGAGUUCCAAAUGGAGAAGAGACACGAAAGCUUGAACAGAGAGGUUUAUAUAUGAGUGCGUUUUUGUUGUUUCUGACUGAAAUUUUUGUAAUUGUUUAUCAUUAUAGAGAGGUUAAAAGUGUUCCAAGCAAUAUACUAAUUACCAGCAACUAAAGGAAUCCGGUAUUGGUAUUUUGGAUAUUAUCUUUUCAGAAGACACAAUCAAGCAAAUAUAUA